UAUGACAACUAGGUGGGAGGAGCUAUACAGGACCCAAAGAUCAGCAUUGUGAUUUUCUACCUUCAAGUAUGCCUGGAAAAUCACAAGCAAGUAAUAGAAGCAAGCCGGACUCUUCCAGAGAACGAAUGGGCUCAGAAAAGUCUAAUGAGUCUGCAAAGAAGGUGUGCAUAUGGCCAGUGUGGUCAGACAGCGAGAUUGAGAAACAGGAGCAGGGGGUCAGUGGGAAGGGUCGAGACAAGGCAAAGCUUUCACACGCUCCUCCAUAUGAAGACCCUGAGGGCGUCCUACUGCCACCAACACUGUCGGCCAUGGGAGAUGUCUCCUGGAAGAGACCUUUCGACCUCCCAACCAUCACUGCACUUAGCAUAGAGGAGGUCUGUGUGGUAAAUGACUUGGAGUGUACUAGUAUGGAAUUGCUCUCGAAUAACAAGCACAUCUUGCACAGUAAGUUUGUGUCAUGGCUUGUGAGUGAGGUGAGUGCGCUAUGGAGGGCCAGAGAGUCCCUCUCCCCUGCAGCUAGUGAGGAGCAACCACCAUGGGCUCCCUGGUCUCACAUCUAUCCUCACAACAAAAACGCUCUUGCCCACUCAUUUGGAAAAUAUUUUGUCAAACUCUUCUGGAUGGGCUCUUGGAGAAAGGUGACAGUUGAUGAUCACCUCCCGUUUCUUAUCAGAGAAGCGAGCAGUGAGGAAGUGACUGGCUCAGCCAUAAAGUACCAGCCCCUCUACCCGCGCACAGCUAUUCCCGGGGAGAUCUGGCCAGCUCUGCUAAUGAAGGCACUCCUUAAAGUGGCUGCCCUUGACUCAAUGGGUGCUGAGUUUGGAGACUUCAGUGUGACUCAGCUGCUGACUGGUUGGGCCCCUCAAGCCGUGGCCGUGGAGCCGGACAAGAGGGACAGCAUAUGGCACAAUUUUCUGUUACCCUCUCUCCCCCUCUGGGUACGAGACUGUGAUAAGAAUGAAAGAGUAGUGGGCAAGAGAUGUCUCGUUUAUGCCAGCUUCCGAAUACCAGAGGAGCAGCAACUAACCAAGAAAGCUUCUGUCUUUUCAAACACUGAAUCAACGAUUGAAACCAUUCUCAAAGAAGCUGGAAUCUUCCCCUCUACAUUUGACCAGACCACCUCUCCUGUGUUUCCAUUGUUGCUGACUCAGGCACGAGACGAGCCUUUGGUUCCUCCACCAAAUACGCCACCUCCCCCUGUCCUCCAGUUCCCCUGUUAUCUCGGCCUCAUUAACAGACAGCGUAACCCCAGCAUGGAUACGCCACCAAGCACACCACCACCAGACAAUCCAUGGUUCCUGGAGGUAGCACCAAGGGAAGUAGACGUCAUUGUCAAGGAAGAGGAGGAGGAGAGUGAGAGUGAAAGUGAGAGGGACGCCGUGUGGAUUAGUUAUUCUGAAUUUCUCAAGUGCUUCAGCCAUCUGUACAUCUUCAAAAGUCCCUCCAGCUUUGAGCACAAGGACAGUUAUGUUGACUUAACAAAAACUGUUCAGGAGCAGAACAUGUGGAGUCAAGUCAAGAAGGCUGCUUCAUCUGUACAACUUCUCUCAACAACAAAGGCUCUGACUAGCACAGAGAACAAUGUCUUGUUUGUGGACUCCCCUCAACCUAUUCUCCUUCAUUUUGUCCUCUCCUCUCUGAGCAGCUGGCGUGAAGGGGGUAGAAAUACACACACUGUCCCCCUUAAGUCCCCUUUCCCCCAAUCUCCUGGACGUGAGACCCUCCUUGCAAGUCGACUGGUAGUGGACACCUUCCAAUGGAGCAGCGUACAGGCCUCAGCCCCAUUGCUAAGACUCAAGACCACUGGCACAAAAGGAGCCACUUUCUCACUACCUCCAGGACGACAUGUGCUCAAGUUGCAUGCCAAGAGCCCCAUAGCUUAUCACCUCACUGUGCUCUCAAAUGCUGAAUUCCAGCUCACAGAUGAAGAUAACAUCUAUACUUUCCUUAGCAAGGAGAGCUCUCUGUACACCAGCUUCUGUUCUGAGUUUAUGGAUUCACUGGUGAAGUCUGCCAAACACUUAGGCAGUUCAGUAGACCUGAAGGCUAGCCUGCGCCCUCUAGUAAUGCAGAUGUCCAGCGUAGGACUCACUGCACAGCACAGCAUGCUGUUUCUGGCGAGUGUGUUGGAGGUCUGGUUUGCCCACGGCAAAGAGUAUGGACUCACUAAUGCUAUGCGAUUCGCUUGGAAGUCGUUUUUCUAUAAGUCAUUUGCACUAUUGGAGAAAGAGCUUCCCCGUUCCGGCGGUGUGGGCAAUAUACAACAGAUGAGAAGGUCUCUGAACAACAAGAGAAACCUUCUGGAAAACAAGUCCUCCUCAGAUGAGAGUGGAGCCACGGUACAGGAGCAUAAGGCAGCAUCUCAAAUCACCCGUUGUCUCCAGCAACACAUAAACACCCGACGAAGGAAGUUCAUGACUCCUGGUACCCAGGGUAACAAAGUGGCCAUUGUAGAGAUAGAGAACAGUCUCUCUUCCCUCGAACCACAUCUCAACUCUCUAGCCAUGGAGGUGCUUAGUGGUGUGUUUAAGUUGGACCCCUCUCUGGAGCCACUGUUCCCAUUCCACACUGAUGAGAGUGAGCGUUGUUUCAGUACUCUCUACAAUGGCCAUUUCCCCCCACUGCCCCCCAAUGCAUGGGCCCUUGUUCUUAGAGCUGUUUUCCGAGUGCCCACGUCCCAAACAAUCGUUCCUCGUUUCUCCAGUCCCGUACCUGCUUAUCUCUUACGGGUUAUAAACAACGACACAAUGACUGAGCUCCCUCGAGUGUUCCACUAUACCACCCCAGUCAUGUACACUCCCAACACCCACGGAUACACAGUGCAAGUGGAAGCAUGGUGUGGAGAUAGUGAGGGUGUGGAGGCUGCCGGAAAAUGGGGGCUGCGAUUGGUCUGUUCGAAUCAGGAUCAGCCAGUACUGGCAGAGGAGGAGUUGGUAACCCCUCACACUCGGGAAAUCAUUGAGUACUGCUUACCAGACAGAGACAAUGUGCUGCUUAGAUACACACUGAGUCCUACUAAGGACCUUCCAGUCAGUGUUCAUCUGAGAAUGUCAAAACCAGAUGCUUUCUGCAAACUACAGUUACUGGAUGAUGAAGUGCCUGUGUGUGAGGUGGAGGGGAGGAGAGUGUGUGUCAUACCACUAUAUUGCCUGCAGGAAAAUAAGGAGGAAGAAAAGCCUCACAAGUAUGUGGUACAAGCUAUAGUGCUGAGAGACAGCUGGCCAACCUCUGAGACUGCGUGGUCACACAGCGCAAUGAUUCGAGGCUCAGAUAAACCACUUGAGGACAAGCCAGACAACAAACCAAGUUCUGCCAAAAAGGGGCGAAGUAAGGGGGCAGCCAGUAAAAAGGGCAACACUCCCUCUGUGGCACAGAAUACCAGCACUGUUGAUGUGAAUAAGCCUCACUGGAUACUGAGGGUGGCUACCAAUGCGGCAGAUAAGGAUAAUCUGAUGGUAGCUAAGGAUACUGAGAAAGCUGAUGCUCUGCGAGCCAUGGUACAAGCCUGGGAGACGGAAGAACCUGGACGAUCUAAGAAAGCUAUUGACUCGCGGAAAAAGUUUCUUGAGGCAAGAGGGAUUAAGGAAGAUCAGCCAGUCAAUGGGGGGCAAGCACCCAAUGGCUCUGUCAAGAUACAACAAAUGGAUCUCUCUCCUUUCAUCAUUAAUGAUGGCCCUCCUCGACUGUUAGACGAAUCGGAGCAGGAGCUUCGAGUGGCUGACAGACAGAAGCUGUUUAAAGACUAUCGCACUGAGAGGCAGAGCAUUCUCCAGAAGAGGAACGAUGAUAGAGAGGUUAGAAAUGAGGCCAAGCUCAGACAACUACAGCAGGCCGAGACAUGGCAGUGUGAUCUGGAUACGUUGCGUAACAAGGUGAACUCAGGACGUGAGGCAAUUCGCGAGAGACACUUAAAGAAAGAGAAGGCAAAACUGGAGGCUGAGCAGGCAUCCCAGGUGGAGAAACCCCCAUCAGCCGCUACUGGGCGGGACUCAAAAGCUGCUAAAGCCAAGAGUGGCAAGGGGAAGAAGAAAUGAACUAUAAUUAUUUGGCUAUUAAAUUUAUGACUGGAUGUACCUGUGUACGUACUCUUAAACUGAAAGCAUCCCGAUCACUUGCAAUGUCUUGUACACAUGAUUUUAUUUACACAAUGAGAUUUAAACAGU